AUGACCGAAAUGAAUCGCGAGAAUGCUUUGUCUGUCCUUGCAUGCUUUGAGCCACCUAGUAAUGAGGGGCCUCCAGAUGCAGCUGUUCAGCAGUUCGUCGAGCAGACUGGAAUAACUGCAGACGAGGCCUUGGAUGUAUUUCUCACCUGCCCACUUCCACUCCGCGCUCCGCCCCGCCUUGAUGGCGCCACUGACGAGCCCGACAAGAUCGGCAUCGACGGCUCGAUGGUCUUCCUGCGCGACAUCGAAGUCAAGCUAGACGAGAUCGCCUGCCUCGCCAUCGCCGAGUUCUGCAAGUGCCCUACCCUGGGCGAGUUCACCCGCGCCGAGUUCAUUCAGGCCUGGGCUGCUCAGCGCAUCUCCACCAUCAUGCAGAUGAAGGCCUACGCCGGUCGCCUGCGCAACAAGCUCCGUACCGACUUGAGCUACCGUCGCACUGUGUACAAGUACACCUUCCUUAUCUCCCGCGUGCAGGGACAGCGUCACGUUCAGCACGACAUCGCCGUCGACUACUGGCGACUCUUCUUCGGCGAUCCGGUUAGCAAGGCUGGCAACACUAUGACCACUCCUUGGCUCGACUUGUGGAUUGAGUUCCUGGAGGGCCGUGGCAAGCGCCCCAUCAGCCGUGAUCUGUGGGGCCAGAUCGAGCUGUUCCUUAUCGAGGCCAACAAGGAUGAGACCUUCGGUUGGUGGGAUCCUGAGGGAGCUUGGCCUCCCACCCUGGACGAGUUCGUUGCUUGGGUAAAGGCCAAGCGUGAGGAGGGUAAGAUGGAAGAGUAA